AUGACUUUGGCUACUUUCACCCCAACGCCUGUCGACCGCAACUCCCCAGCUUGGUCGCCACUCGACAUCCCAGCGACACCCGACCAGCCCUUCACAGACCUUACACGCUGGAGAUUGAGCGUCACCGACAACGGUCGACACAUCUGGCACUAUCUUCGAACAGAUGACGAGCUAGCAGCCUGGCCUCAAAACACAGUCGACAAAUACUGGUUGGGUUUGGAUACCAACCUCCCGACACUACCAAAAGCCAAAACGGCGUACGAAGCAGCGCGUAACGGAUACGAAUUCUACAAGAAUCUUCAAUCAGACGAUGGGCACUGGGCAGGCGAGUACGGAGGGCCCAUGUUCCUACUUCCCGGCGUCGUCAUUGGCAGCUACAUCGCCAACAUGGCCUUCACCCUCGAGGAACGGUUCGAAAUGAUCCGCUAUCUCAUGAAUAAAGCCAAUAAAGAUGGUGGUUGGGGCUUGCACAUCGAGGGACCGUCGACGGUUUUCGGCACCGGGAUGAACUACGUAGCCAUUCGCUUGCUUGGCAUGAGCGAAGACCACCCCGUCGCUGUCAAAGCCCGUGCCUGCCUGCAUAAACUAGGCGGCGCUACCGGAAUCCCAGCCUGGGGCAAGUUCUGGUUCUCCCUCCUCGGCGUGUACGAUUGGGCGGGCAACAACCCAAUUCCCCCAGAGCUAUGGGUGCUUCCCGAAUGGCUUCCAAUCCAUCCACACAGGUGGUGGAUCCACGUUCGCAUGGUGUACCUCCCAAUGAGUUACCUUUACGGAAUCCGCUACACCAUGCCAGAGAACGACAUGGUCCUCAAACUUCGCGAAGAACUCUACCCCGAAAACUACUAUACCAUCUACUGGCCCAACCAACGGAACAACAUUGCCAAAAUCGACCUCUACUACCCGCACACGACCCUCUACGACACCCUCGCUGUUUUCCUCUCCAUGUACGAAUCUUGCCCCUUGCCCUGGCUACGCAAAGCCGGUGUCGCCAAAGCCUACCAACUCAUCUGCUGGGAGGACGAAAACACCUCAUACCAAUGCCUCGCACCGGUCAACAUGAUGAUGAACCUCGUCGCUCGAUACGCAAAGGAGGGUGUGGACUGCGAAGCUUGGAGGAUGCACGAGAUUAAGCGGAGGGAUUCGAUGUGGAUGAGUGACCAGGGGAUGAUGGUGUGCGGGACGAAUGGCAGUCAGCUGUGGGAUACGCAGUUUAUUGUGCAAGCGUUGGUCGACACGGGGUUGGCGAAUGAAGGAAAGGGGAUGUAUCGGGAUAGUUUGGUGAAGGCUUUGGAGUGGUUGGAUAGGGGCCAGAUGCGUGACAACCCAAAGUACUACGAAUGUGCCUAUAGGCAUCGAACGAAGGGUGCUUGGGGCUUCAGCACUGCGGAACAAGGCUACACUGUCAGCGACUGUACCGCUGAAGGCUUGAAGGCAGUCCUCUAUCUUCAAAACCAACUACAGCUCACUCUGAUUCCGGAGGACCGUCUGCGAGACGCCGUUGAUACCCUUCUCACCAUGCAAAACCCCGACGGUGGCUUCGCCUCGUACGAACUCAUUCGGGCGGGCUCAUGGUCCGAGUACCUCAACCCUGCCGAAGUAUUCGGGAACAUCAUGGUUGAAUACAAUUAUCCUGAAUGCACAACCUCAGUCAUUACCUCCCUCGCCAUCUUCAGGAAACACUACCCCCAUUACCGCGCUUCUGACAUCGAUCGAACAAUUCGAGGAGCAAUAACAUAUCUUCACAACGCUCAAACUCCGGAAGGUGGCUGGGUGGGGAACUGGGGUAUCUGCUUCACCUAUGCCGCCAUGUUCGCCAGCGAAUCCCUUUCACUCGUGGGUGAGACUUACGCAACCAGUAAAUACGCCCGCAAGAGCUGCGAAUUCCUCAUCAGCAAACAACGAGCGGAUGGAGGAUGGGGUGAGAGCUACAAGUCGUGCGAACAGAGUCGAUGGGUCGAGCAUGAGAACACGCAGGUGGUGCAGACGUGUUGGGCGGUUCUGGCUCUGAUGUAUGCCAAGUAUCCUCACCCCGAACCUAUCGAGAGGGCGGUCAAGAUGGUCAUGGACCGACAACUACCCGACGGUUCAUGGGCACAGGAAGCCAUUGAAGGUGUAUUCAACAAGUCCUGUGCGAUCUCAUACCCCAACUUCAAGUUCUCGUUCCCGAUUUGGAUGCUGGGCAAGGCGGACAAGUACCUAAGGGAGUUGCGCGGGGCGUCGUCAGAUGUCAAAGUGAACGGGGUUAAUGGCAUUGGUAUUUGCGUCGAGUUCUACCUGGAUCCAUUCUGCGAGUAUCUUUCUGCGAGUUCCGGCUACCUAGAGCACUGGAAAGACGGCUAUGAUGUCGGGAAACUUCAUGGGAAGUAG